GUUUCAUUGCAAACAACCUUAAUAAUAAGAACAAGAUGCAAUCUGAAUCUACAUUACGCACUCUUUUGUCCUUCAACGUAGAUAUCUACAUCUAGAGUUCUAGAGGCUCAGACUAGUCAGACUUCUUACUGAUGUACGACACUCAGAGCAUGCCACAUAUCCAUUGGUGAUAUCUCAAUGCGUUUCAUACUUCUCCACCUUAGAAGGUAUAGUGCAUCAGCAACAUCUCUUCCUGAAAAAAUGGUUAGAGUUUUGAAUGUUGCUGAGAAAAAUGAUGCUGCUAAAUCUUUAGCGAAUGUUCUUUCACAUGGUCGAUGUAGAAAGCGUGAAGGGUUCUCAAGGUUCAACAAAAUUUAUGAAUUUGAGUAUAAAUUAAUGAACAAAGAUGUGACUAUGACCAUGACUUCAGUUUCUGGACAUCUGCUUGGUCUAGAGUUUACUGGGUCAUUUAAAAAGUGGGGAGCCUGUAAUCCUGUUGAUUUGUUCAGUGCUCCAGUCAUGAAGCAUUGCCCCCAAGAUUACAAUGAUAUCAAGAGAACCUUAGAACAAGAGAUCAGAGGCUGUCAAUCUUUAAUUAUUUGGACUGAUUGUGAUCGUGAAGGAGAAAAUAUAGGCUUUGAAAUCAUUCAUGUUUGUCAAGCAGUAAAACCGAACAUUAAAGUUUAUAGAGCAAAGUUCUCAGAGAUCACACCUCAAGCUGUUGCCAGAGCCAUCAAUAAUUUAGCUGCCCCUGAUGCCAGAAUUAAUGAUGCAGUUGAUGUUCGCCAAGAAUUAGAUCUACGUAUAGGAGCAGCUUUUACAAGAUUUCAAACUCUGAGGCUGCAAAAAACUUUCCCUCAGGCGUUAUCUGAGCAGCUGAUCAGUUACGGGAGUUGUCAGUUUCCUACUUUGGGAUUUGUUGUAGAGAGAUACAAACAAGCUCAGGCAUUUGUUCCUGAACCAUUCUGGAAGAUAAGAGUGUUACAUCAACAUGAUGAAGUUAAAGCAGAUUUUAGUUGGCAAAGAAAUCGAUUGUUCAAUUUUUUAGCAUGUCAAGUUUUAUAUAACCGUUGCAUUGAAAAUCCUGUAGCCACUGUAAUUGAUAUAAAAAGUAAGAGCAAAAGCAAAUGGCGACCACAGGCAUUGGAUACAGUUGAAUUAGAAAAAUUAGCAUCAAGAAAGCUAAAGAUUAAUGCCAAGGAAACAAUGAGAAUAGCAGAACAUCUCUACACACAAGGUUUCAUUAGUUAUCCACGUACUGAAACAAACAUUUUCCCCAAAGAAAUGGAUUUGGCAGCUCUAGUUUCUGAACAAACAAGAGAUCCAGAUUGGGGAGAGUUUGCCCAGCAAGUUUUAAAUAAUGGGGUUAAUCCUAGAAAUGGUACCAAAACUGAUCAAGCUCAUCCACCUAUUCAUCCAUUGAAGUAUACUGCUACCCUACAGGGUAAUGAUAAAAAGGUGUAUGAAUUUAUAGUGCGGCACUUUUUGGCUUGUGUAUCUCAAGAUGCUCAGGGACAUGAAACUAUAGUAGAUAUCAACAUUGCAGAUGAAAUAUUUUCAGCACAAGGUUUGAUGAUUCUAGCCAAAAACUUUCUAGAUGUAUAUCCUUAUGAUAAAUGGAAUGCUAAAGAAGUUCCACUCUAUAGACAGGGAGAUCAGUUUGAGCCAAACUCAAUAGAGAUAGUUCCUGGAGAAACAAGUGCACCACCUCUACUAACUGAAGCUGAUCUAAUCUCCUUGAUGGAGAAACAUGGCAUUGGUACUGAUGCAACUCAUGCUGAUCACAUUGAGACAGUUAAGGCUCGUAUGUAUGUAGGUCUAAGACCUGAUGGUAGAUUUGUACCUGGCCAAUUAGGCAUGGGAUUAGUUGAAGGUUAUGAUAGUAUGGGUUAUGAAAUGUCCAAACCAAAUUUAAGAGCAGAGCUAGAAGCAGACCUUAAAUUAAUAUGUGAAGGGAGAAAAACUAAAGAAGAGGUCUUAAGUGUCCAGAUACAGAAAUACAAGGAAGUGUUUAUUGAAGCAUGUAAUCAGGCACAGAAACUUGACGAAGCUUUGUCACAAUAUCUGGGUGAGGCACAGGAAACUCCCCAGACUGCAGGCGAAGUAGCUACAACUACAUCAGUUGUAAUGACUUGUUCAAAAUGUGGAAGUCCAAUGACAUUACGCACAAAGAAAGAUAAUAAAGGCUACUACAUAGGGUGUUCAGGUUUUCCUGAAUGCAAAUCCUGCAUUUGGUUGCCAAAUUUUGUUUUACAUGCAGCAACAACAGAUCAAAUCUGUCAGUUGUGCCAACCAAGAUCUGUAACCAAACUUCACUUUAAGUUCAAACCAGGCAGUGUUCCAAGUACAAUUUCUAAUGAUUAUGUGGGCUGUAUAGGUGGAUGUGACGAGAUGUUAACUGAAACUUUAGGUGUUAGAAUUGCCUCUAGUCAAGCUGCUGCAACAAAUCCACUCAUGCCACGCACUGAAACAAGCACUCACACUCCCAGAAACUCUGGCCAACCUAGUUCCAGACCUACCAAUACACCAGCAAACAGGAAAGGAGCCGCUCCGGCCAGUCAGUCUCAAACAAACCCAAACCCCAUGUUUAAAAGAACAGUCUCCACACUUUCAUCAUCGAACAACAGUUCCACACCUGCUGCUCGAAAUAGCAACAAAAAAGUUGUGACAAGUCAGGAGCCUGCCCAGUUCCUGUCUCUGAUGAAUGGCCACAAUCAAACACCAUCUAGUAGAAGUGUGUCGUCUGGCAGUAGAUCUUCAUUUACAAAUGGUAGAGAUUCAGGUAGCAAUGUCAAUAGGACUCAAUCCACUUCAUCCUUUUCCACAAGUUCCAUGGAUGACAGUGACAAAGCUAUAGUGUGCAGCUGUGGAAAAGAUGCAGUGCUUUUGACCGUAAGAAAGGAAGGCCCCAACACAGGUCGUCAGUUUUACAAGUGUUCUGGUCAAAAUGGUGCCAGUUGUAACUUUUUUCUUUGGGCUGAUGACAACGCAGCCCAGCAAUCAAGUCAAAGUUUCUCAAGCACUCAAAAUCAAACAGCAUCUAGGAAUAACAACUCAUUUCAAAGUCCAAAUGUAAAUAAUCGAAAUUUUGGGCCCCCUAAACCUUUUUCAUCAAAUGGGAGUGAAGAAAUACUGUGUAAAUGUGGGAUUCCAGGAAAGUCCCUGGUUGUUCUAAAGGAAGGCCCCAACAAAGGGAGGCCUUUUCAUUGCUGUAGUAAACCACAAGGACAAACUUGCAAUUUUUUUCAAUGGGCUGAUGAGGAUGGAUCAGUGAAACAAGAAAGCAGUGGAUUUGCAACCCCCUUUCAACCCAAAGGUGCUCAAGGUUAUCAGAACAGUAGGAAACGACCACCAUCAAGCCCCAGUCAAGGUCCUAAGCAACGAAAAGCUCCUGUGUGUGGAUUCUGUGGAAAGCCUGGUCAUAGAAAACCCAAAUGUCCAGAGAGGAAUGAAGAAUUUUGAAAAAAAUAAAACAGAAGUACUGUGAUAAAUUUGUUAAAAAUGUAAAUAGAUGUUCAUGUCAGAUAAUCAUUUAAAGCAAUAAAAACAUGUACAUUUUCUAUGUAUUUCGAUUUUCAAUUACAAGUCUCAUGUGCUGUCUAUACAAAUUAAGAGCUUACAAUUUAACUUAC